UUCCCUGAAAAAGAGUUAUUCAGUUAAUCCAGGUUUGAUUGGAAUGGGGGCAAAAUCCAAAAGUGAGGCAUUACUCCUGAAGAAGCGUAGUGUGAUGAAUUCUGACAGAGACCCUCCCUCUCAAAUGUCUCAGUACAAAUCUAAUUUUCAACCGAAGAAGAAGUAUUCUAAGGCUGCUCUUAAGAAAAUGAAGAUUCAGCAGCUGAAGGCUAAAUUCGAGAAAAACUGCAUGGACAAACGAUAUUAUUUCCCUAAUAUAAAUAUCGAGGGCAAGGAGCAACAUCUGAAAUCAUUGGAUGAAAUAACUGAGAGAACGGCGAGUGCUACAAGUAGUCAGAGACAACAAAGCAUCACUUCGAAACCAGUUUUGAAGUUUCAGACUAUUAAGACAAGGAAUUUAGGAGUUAAGCAUUUUCAAAAAUUUAAAACCACUCGUGGCGCACUCUCUCCAAUGCCAGUCAUUCCGGAAUUUAAGUUUCCAAGGAUUACUCAAUGCUCUGAAGAGAAAUCAGAUGAUGAAAAAGAAGUUCAGAUGGAAGAAGUGGACAUCAGUGCAAUUGGGCUUGACAAUAAACUUGAUGAGACACAAUCGCCAAUGUUUCAACCCAAUAACCCUCCUUCAUUUGAUCUGUUUCAGAAGAGCAUGGAUAAUCUGUCCAUUCCAAAGACCAUGAGAAAUGCUACAAAGAGACAGAGUAUCAUAGAUUUACACAUCAAUGAUCCUAAAAGGUACAGAAAAGUUGAGUCGAAGGAGCUAAAGAGUAAUGCCUACGAGAGAUAUCGCCGCAAAUGUGAACAGCUCAUGAUAGUCCCAGUUAGAUUUGGCAUCAAAUACAAGGGCGAGCAAAACCAAAAGAUUGAAGCUCAGGACUACUUGAUGGGGGAAGAUCAUUUGAAAGCAUUCAAUUAUGCUCUAGCUAAUUUUAAGAAGAUCUCUUCACUAAAUUUGGAAAACAACCGGCUUGGAGGAGAUGCCGCCAAGGAGCUAUUGCUCAAGCCUGAAGAGGAUGAGCACAAUGAUAGGUCCAAUUCUGUCUACAACCGGCUACUAUGAGAUGAUAUUUCCAAUUUGAAUCUCUCUAAAAACCCAAAUCUCCCCUUUGAGACUUACCAGACAAUCUCUCUGAUGGUGGAGGAUGGCUAUAACAUCUUACAAAUUUUGAACCUUGAAGGUAACAAGAUGGGAGAUAAAGCUCUUAUAACUAUUUGAGAUAGGAGUCAUUACAAUAAUUACUUAAAAGUGCUCAAUGUCAGUGACAACAAUAUUACUUGACGAGCAAUGCCGUCUGUAGCUGAAAUGCUCAAGUACAUCAAUAUCACUACCAUCCUUCUCAGAUGGAACAAGAUUGAGACAAAAGGACUGGCUAAUCUAUGAGAAGGGAUAGUGAAGACAGACUCUUUAAAAAUUCUAGAUCUCUCUUUUAACCCUCUAAGCAAGAAGAAUGAGGAUAGUGAUGAGUAUCCACAGUGUUUGUCAGAUAUGUUCCGGGAGAACUCCUCUCUAAUGCACAUGGAUCUCUCCCACACUGGAAUCACAGCUGAAGAUGGCAAGAUUAUUGAGAAGGGAUUGAACGAAAAUCAUACUAUUUUUGGAAUUCACCUCACAGGGAAUGAGAUAAGACUUACUGCUGAAGGCUUUAUUACCAAAGCCAGGGAAAAUGAUGCUGCUGACAGUCAUAUUAUGGUCAGGGUUUCAGAUUCCUUAACAAUGGGUGUCCCAGAUGUCAAAUAAACAAAUAGAUUACAGAGGAACCACUAAUUGUUGGAUAUGAGAGGGCUGGAGUGAAGUUAAAUUUCAUUUUGAUGUAACCACCUCAAACAUACCUCUCACUGAAGAAGAUGGCGUAUUGAAAGGAGUUAAUAUCCAUCUUGACUUUGACGACUAUAGACCAGAUGUCAUGAAAAGAGCAUCUAAAAAUCCAAAUCUGUUCUAUCUUGUCAAGAUGGUUCCACCCAAACUCCGGGUAAGAUAUUACUUCUCGAUAGCCCUUGAGAAGACUACAGUUAUACCUGCAAAGCCCAAGAAGAAAAAGUCUAAAUAUGCUACAAAACCAAAAAUUAAGAAAGACUUGUAUUUUAAGCAAGCGAUCAAUGAAAGGGACAGAUUUCAGGGAACAAAUCUGAUCGACUACCAAGGAGUUUUUGUGAUCCCAACACUUCACAAGAUCUCUGUACCAGAGACAAAUGUAUUGGAGAAUCUUUCGAUCAAUGAUAGGAUGAUCAACACCACAUAUCUUGCGGAUACAAACUCGGUUCCUCGCCCGAAGAAGAUCACACUUGAUACCAAGAUUCUUAAGAAGGAGUGGAAAAGAGAAAAGUCUAUAUUUAAGGAUUAUAAGCUAGAGCAUCCUAUUGUUACAAAGAAAUGCUUUGAAAAGGACUUCAAUAGUAUCUGUGGAGUUAUCAAGGAUGAGCUUGAUCGGAAGAAGGUCAAAGAGUUCCUCAGUUCAAUCUAUGCUCCCCUCAAGGAGUGCUAUAAGUACUAUGCCGGCACAGACUUCACAAAUAAUGUACCUAGUAUUGGGACGAAUAGUUUCACGGAUUUGCUAACUAUUUCUGGGUGUAUAGAUCAUAAUUUAUUAAAAUUAUCAGAUAUCAGUAUCGACUUUAUUGCAACAAAUGUUGGCCAAAGACCAGAAGAUCCAAAAUUUAAGCACUUAAAUCCUGAGCGCUCAUUAGUUAGAGAGGAAUUCCUACAGAUUUUUAUCCGGCUGGCCAACAGUAAAUAUCUCAAAGCCAAAAAGUUGUUAACUUAUAAUGAUGCAAUACGGCAGCUAUUCAAUGAUGGUCUUCUUAGCUAUAUGAGGAAUUUUGACAGUAACGAUUUCAGGAUCAACAAGUUAUACAACGAAUCCUGAGAUAUGGUCUUUAAGUAUUAUAUCAAAAGCAUGAAGAGGCUGUAUUUCACUUACUCAGGAAAGCACACUAAACCGGGUGAAACCCGGUUCAUGUGCUAUGACGAGUUCAUGAAACUAUUCUCUGAUGCUGGAGUACAAUCAGACCUUUUCGGAGCUAAGGAGCUUGGCAUAAUCUUCAACCUCUCAAUGAUGACCCAAGUAAAUGAGAUUACAUCUGAAAGACAUUACAAGAUGUCCUUCGAUGAGUUCAUUGAAGCCGUUGCCAGAGUUGCAGAAGGCUGCAACCUUCUCCUCGUCAGUAGCUCUUUCUUUGGUGUUGACCUUGAAGAAGAGAUCGAGAAACAGAAAAACUCCAAAUUUAGAGGAGGUGACAAGGCAGAGGUAUUAGAUACUAAUGGAGGGCAGAUAUUUUCACCAGAAAAUAUCUUGAGUUCUCAGAACCAAUCAAAGCAAGAAAUAUUUUCUGAGUACAGCACAGACUCUGAAAACGAGGAGAGCAAAAAUCUUGAUGGCAUUGAUGCAAGCAGAAUCGAAAUCUCAGGACAAGAGAAAUUAAAUGAGACUGAUAUCAACAAAAAGAAUGUCUCUAGCAGUAUCUCUGGAACAGCCAUGCAGGACAUUGUAAAUAUCGAAGUGGAGAAAAUUACUGAGAAGAAAUCAACAAUCAGUCGAAAGAACUCUUCAUCAAAGCUAGUUCCAGAACUCAAACAGGAUGUUGGUAUCGCACAUGAAAUCUAUGAACAGAUCGACCUCGCUGAGAAGAUAGAGUUCCUUAUCACUAUAAUGAUGCAUAACUGCUUGGAUAGUGCAUCUGUGGCUGCUUGUGCCAAGAAGAAAAAUGGGUGGAAAUUAUUAAUUGAAGACUAAG